AUGGCCGGGAUGAUCAGUGCCUUUGUCGAAUUACCAGGAGCUAGCAACCAUGAGGACUUCAAAUUCCCCUGGAGCCUGGACGAAAUCAAUCACUUGGUAUCAGAUCGGAAGGCCAAUAGGCAAGAAAAGAAGAAAAGCCAGGCCGUUCAGAGUCAAUUCUCAGAGUCUGAUUCGCGUGAGCAUUACGGAAAGCGGACCGCACCUGGACCUUCUUUAGCACCAGAUCCUCAAUCAAAGUAUUACCCGCAAGCUUCUCGGCCAUCUGCUACCACCCCCAAUCCUGGCGGCCCGACUCAAGAGCCAAAUAUCAGUUUAAAAAAGUCUUUAAAAUACGUCACGGGUUUGGUUAAACAAAAGAUUGUUUGCUUGGAAGAAAAGGCGGCUUUACUCAGCUACAAUGAAAGCCCGAAUGUGGUCGCUCCAAUCAAAACAUUACCGACCUCCCCUUCCGAUCCGAUGCAAAGGAAAAAAACCUCCGAGAGAAGGACAGAGGAAGAUAUCAACUUCGCCGAAGAGGAUAUGCUGGAAAGCAAAGCUAACUACAGCUACCAAAAAAGCCAAAAGUUAGAAAUGCGUUCAGAGCUCUACGAGAACCACAAAGCGUAUCCAAGUGCCCAAGGCUCAUCAACGUUCCCGCCGGGUUACUACCAGACUUGGGCUGAGAUUCCUGCUCAAGAGGGCGACGGUACUCCCAGAAUUAAACAGGCACAAAGAUCUGUCGAGAUGAACAAAGGUAAACGCAAGGACGACACCAGGAAAAAGCAGCCCAAGCAAGAUAAAGGUGAAAAAUCAAGCUCGAAUAUGGCCGGAGGCCUGAGGAAAAAGGUUGAGGACCCUGUCAAGAUGGAAGAGCGACCGUCCACCGGGAGUAGUAAAAAGGUUCAGGCUCCAGAAUCAAAAAGCAAAACCACCUCUUUGGGAGCUAACGACUUGCAGAUCCAUGAUGAUGAAAAUUUACUAUCUACACUCAAACGGUUCAAGACAAUAUUCUUGGUGGACGAUAGUGCAUCGAUGGCAACUAACGGACAUUGGGAGGAGGCUGUAAGAGUGUUAGUCGAGUUAGCCAAAGAGGCCUCACAACACGACACAGAUGGGCUUGACUUACAAUUUCUAAAUUCGGAAUCUCACUUCAAAAAUAUCAAAGCUUCUUCGCUCCUCCGCAAAUUCAAGACAAUCCAGCCCACAGGAGAUAGUACUCCCACCGAAACCAAGGUGGAAGAGAUUCUCCGACCUUAUAUUGAGACACUAGAGAUCCAAAAAGCAAGGCAUCAGCCACUUUCAAAACCACUGAACCUAGUCAUCAUCACUGAUGGAAUUCCAGAUGACAUUGAUAGUUUCAUUUCAAUCAUAAGUCAUGUCUCUUCAAAACUAGAUGAUGGUCAUUUCCCACUCAAUCAGAUUGGGAUACAAUUUCUUCAGAUUGGAACUGAAAAACGUGUCAGCUGGGUUUUGAAAAUUCUGGAUAACCAUUUGCAGAAAAGAUAUGGCAUCUCUAGGGAUAUGAUAGAUACUACUCAAUUCACUGGGGUGAUAGAUGAAGCCUUCAUUGUUAAAUGUCUUCUGGGAGGAAUCAACCGUCGAGUUGAUCGGAUCCAGUAUACUUCAACCUAG